UGCAGCAGGACUUCAGACUCUUGUCCACGAUGAACAGAAGAACUCAGCAGGAAAUGGGCCGGAGGUUUUUUCUUCUGAUUGCAGUGUGUUGGCUCAUACUGUUAGCCAUCAUGGGUCUCCGUAUCUACUUGACCUCUGAACUUUCAGGAAACAAUGCCGAGCUGUACUCACGAAUCCAGGAGCUGGAGACACAGAAUGCAAACUUGACGAGGGACAACAAGAAUCUGGCGGACCAGUUGGGCAACCUGACACAAGCCUAUAAUGUCUCAGAGAGCAACAACAAAGACCUGUCUGCAGGAGUCCAGGAGCUGAACACACGAAACCAGGAGCUGGAGACUGAGAAGAAGAACUUGAAACAGCAAAUACAAGACAUGACAACAAACUGGAAUGAGCUCAACGUCAGUCGAGCUCAGUGGAGCAUCGAUUCCUACUGCUUAGGAAAUACCGAUAAAAAGUGUCAAGCUUGUCAGAAGGGCUGGAAUCUCACUCAACCCAGCUGCUAUGCGUAUAAUAACGCUCAGCCUCCUAAUCGAAAAACCUGGGAAGAAGCUCGAGAUGACUGCAAAGGAAUGAAUUCAGUUCUGGUUGUUGCUCAUGAUUCAGAGGAAAAGGUAAACCCAUUAAUAUGA